CAAUGAAUGUAUAAGUCAACGAAUGGUACACGGACCAUAGGGUCAUGCCCCGUCCGAUUAAGCUCAAUUGUGUGUUUGCCUCACGCCAUUUGGUUUGUUUUUUUAGAAUCGACCCAAGGAAUCCUACGAAUUUUCUGGGUGCACGCAGAAUAACCCAUCGCUGACAUUCUCUGAUGCAGACCUGUCUUUAAACUGCAUGUACCAGUAAAUAUUGAGAUUUUCAGAAGUGGCUACUGGCAAAACAGCAAGUUUGUGAGAAGAUUAGCUACAGGUAUACCGUCUUAAAGUCAGCACCUUACAAGAAAAAAAGUCCAAGAUACUGGACUGCAAAAUCAUUAGUUUCCGCCUGAGAUGUCCGGCGAGUUUUUCUUCUAGAUUCCUUGUCCAAUUUCUCGAGAGCUGACAGCAUCUCCUAAUAAGAAGAGAGAGUCCAAGAACAUGGCAUGUUCGGAGGUCAGUCAUUUUGCCCCGAGCCAGCAGAUGGAAGACAUCGAUCAGGGCACGCUGGAGAUCGACGUCAGGAGGUGGACGCUGUCUGGCGAAUUCGGCAAAAAGGGGAGCGGUCCGGGGGAGUUCAACGGGACUUUUGGCAUCACUGCGACUCAACCUGGUGAACUGGCUGUGGCAGAUUACUGGAACAAGCGAGUGGUCAUCUGCAGCACGGAAGGAAAACUCAAGGAAACCAUUCUGCUAUCCGAUCGUCCACGUAAUGUUGCAGCAAUCCCCCAAAUGAGCAUGCUGCUAGUUGUAGACACUACCAAGUACGUCAAGGUAUUUAACAAGAACAACAAGCUGGACUUCCAGUUCCCAACAGUGCCGUUACAAGAUAUUGACAAUAUUGACGUGGACCUCCGCAGUUUAGCCGUCAAGAGGGAUGAUACCAUCGUGGUGGGUGACGUCAAGAGGAUGGUGUGGACUGAACACAAACCCACUAACGGUGAGCUCUUACGCACCGUGUCCCUACAGAUACCCCCUUUCUACCUGGCAUUUGAUGAGGGCACUGACAGAACUGUGGUCAGCGGAUACGAACAAAAACAAGUGGACGUCACGGAUAGUGUUGGGACUACACUAUCCACCGUCCAGCCAUCUAUUCAAGACCGACCAGUAACUAACUGCCUGGCCGUGAACUCCGGAAACUCGGGCCUCUACGUCGGAGUAAGCAAUGGUUGGAACAGCGAUGGUCACAUUCACCUCUACGAUGUCGACGGCAAUUUUCUGGAUUGUCUGGCCCAGGGUCUGACUUUCCCACUGGGUAUUACGUUCACGUCAGACGGGCAGCUGGUGGUGGCAGAUGGGUUCUCGGUUAAGACGUAUCGCAAGAUGUGAUGUCAUUUCUCAACGACACUAUCAUGAGCGCUACCAUCAACACCAUCAUGAAUUUCAGCUGUUUCACCAUCAUCAUUUAAAAGAUCCUACGCUGUCUGAUGUCUG